AUGACCGACGUCGCCAAUUCCGCCAACACGCUGGGCGUGAACGGCAGCGCCGCACCGAAUGGCGUGGCUCCAGAUGGCACAGGCGUCGUCCAGCUCGACCCAUGGCUAUCGCCUUUCAAGGAGUCUCUGAAGCGCCGUUUCGCCAAGGCGCAGGAAUGGACCAAGACGAUUAACGACACAGAAGGUGGCAUGGAGAAGUUCACCAGAGGCACCGAGAUUUUUGGCUUCAAUGUUAGUAAGGACAACACAAUCGUCUACAGAGAAUGGGCACCAAAUGCCCAGCAAGCGUUCCUCAUUGGAGACUUCAGUAUGUAUCUGUCACGCCCAUGGUUAUGGCCCUUCCUGACUUCCUUAGAUAACUGGAACCGCGACUCGCACCCUAUGAAGAAAGGCGACUUUGGUGUCUUCGAAAUUAUCGUGCCUCCUAAGAUAUCUCUGGUUCUGCCCAGUGGAGAGAGAAUCGAUCGUUUGCCUGCUUGGAUCAAGUAUGUAACGCAGGAUCUCUCUGUCUCGCCCGCGUAUGAUGCCCGAUUUUGGAAUCCGCCACCCGGAGAGAAGUACGAGUUUAAACAUUCGCGGCCCAAGAAGCCUUUGAGCGCUCGAGUUUACGAAGCCCACGUUGGUAUUUCCUCUCCUGAGCUGAGGGUCGCGACAUACAAGGAAUUCACGAAGAAUAUGCUCCCGCGAAUCAAGAGCCUUGGUUACAAUGUCAUCCAGCUCAUGGCAGUCAUGGAACAUGCUUAUUAUGCGAGCUUCGGAUAUCAGGUCAACAAUUUCUUUGCUGCAAGCAGCCGCUAUGGUCCACCAGAAGAUCUCAAAGAGCUUGUGGAUACAGCUCACAGUAUGGGCAUAGUCGUCCUACUGGAUGUCGUUCACAGCCACGCAUCCAAGAAUGUCCUGGACGGUUUGAACGAAUUUGAUGGUACCGACCACCAGUACUUUCACGCGGGCGCCAGAGGUCGACAUGAGCUGUGGGACAGCAGACUAUUUAAUUACGGACAUCAUGAAGUCUUGAGAUUCCUUCUCAGUAACCUCCGCUUCUGGAUGGAUGAGUAUGGCUUCGAUGGUUUCCGCUUUGACGGUGUUACGAGUAUGCUAUAUCUACAUCACGGAAUUGGAACGGGAUUCUCAGGAGGCUACCAUGAGUAUUUCGGAGCCGAUGUAGACGAGGAGGCCGUAGUAUAUCUGAUGCUGGCCAACGAGUUUCUGCAUCAAGUCUACCCUGACUGCAUCACGGUAGCUGAAGACGUGUCAGGAAUGCCCGCUCUGUGCCUGCCACUCUCUCUUGGAGGAGUUGGAUUCGACUACAGAUUGGCCAUGGCAGUUCCUGACAUGUGGAUCAAGAUUCUCAAAGAAAAGAAGGACGAGGAGUGGGAUAUCGGAAACAUAUGCUUCACCCUGACGAACAGACGUCACGGUGAAAAGACGAUUGCGUACUGUGAGAGUCAUGAUCAAGCGCUUGUCGGUGACAAGACGCUCAUGAUGCAUCUCUGUGAUGCAGAGAUGUAUACUAACAUGUCUAACUUGACACCACUUACCCCAACUAUUGCUCGGGGCAUGGCUCUGCACAAGAUGAUUCGCCUUCUCACACAUAGCCUAGGUGGCGAGGGCUAUCUUAACUUCGAAGGAAAUGAGUUUGGUCAUCCUGAGUGGCUCGACUUCCCCCGAGAAGGCAACAAUAACUCCUUCUGGUAUGCGAGACGUCAGUUGAACCUGACCGAUGAUCAUCUUUUGAGAUACCAGUACCUCGACCACUUCGACCGGCUGAUGAAUCAAUGCGAGGCCAAAUAUGGCUGGCUGCACGCAUCACAAGCGUACAUUUCAUUGAAACACGAAGGUGAUAAGGUCAUCGUGUUUGAGCGUGGUGGUGUAGUGUUUAUCUUCAACUUCCAUCCUUCGUCCAGCUUCACCGACUACCGUAUUGGCAUUGAGGUCCCUGGAACCUAUAGAAUCGUUCUCAGCACAGAUGGCAAGGAAGUGGGAGGAUUCAACUCAAUUGAUGAGAACACUCGCUUCUUCACGGAGGCAUUGCCCUGGAACAAUAGAGCCAAUUGCACUCAUGUGUACAUCCCAUCGCGGACAGCAAUGAUAUUGGCUCUGGAAUCUACAUUGUCUUAG